UCUGGCUACAAGAACGGCAACCAUUGACUGGCGCGCAGCUUAGCAACGGUACUUUUGUAGCACAAACAACAAAAACAACGCGAAAUGAAUUUUAAGAAUUGAAAACAUUGCAAUCUGUCUCUUUGCCUGCAUGUGAUAAUUAAAGUCAAACGUCUUCGUAUUAUUGUGUCUUAAAUCAAUUAAUUGUCUUUAACAAUGACGCGUUCAGCUUAUGAGGUGCAACGGGACUUUGCCUUGAGCAGCGGUCUGCGCUCAGAAAUUAUAUGGGACUCGCUAUCGCCGGAUCAGGCAGAUGUUUUGAGGCAAAAAAUUGCAAAUUUAAUUUGCGAAAAUGAAGCUAAAAAUACAAAAAUGGUCACCAAGCAGCGAAACGAAUUGUUUCAAAACAUUUGGCAGCAACGGAAAUAUACAAAUCGGAUUUUACUUUCGGCCAUUGUCUAUGUGCUGGUCACUGUCGAAACGGAUCCCGAAUUGGCUCUGCAGUCCACUCAAUAUAGUUGCCAUCCUGUCUUCCGCACCCGCAAAUGCAUGAGAGGUGACACCAACAGCGAUUCCACUAGUGAGGGCUGCUGCAUGGUUUUCAUUGAUGAGCACGGACGCGUCUAUCCCAAUUGGCAGAGAUAUGUCUACGGCAAUACGUUGCCCAAAGGUUGCAUGAUAGCACCCAAUAAUGGCAUUUAUACGUUCUCCAAUGAUGAGGAUCUUGGUGUGGAAUUAAUGAUUCAACCGACACCAGCAUCCAAUAUUAAAUAUCGCAUACUCAAUGUCGGUGACAAAUUGGCCACUGUUGGGGGCCUGGUGGCAACUGUUCCAGUAGCUGCUGCCUUAGCUAUUCCUGUUGCAGGUCCUGUGGUGAUUGCUGCAACGGCUGUGGGCGUGGCUACCACUGCAUAUAGUACUCUGCGUUCUCUAAAGCGUCUGGUAGAUCGACGUUGCCACAGCCAGACCAUCUCACUAACCGAUCGAGAGGCACGCGGCAAUUGGCUAGGCGUGGCUGGUGGCGUUGUGGGACUCGGAGCGACGGGAGCCACAAAAGCAUUGACUACUAUAGCAUCAUCGGGCAGAGAAGUGCACACCGCUGCUCAAUUGGCCGUGAAGGGCAUUAAUGUGUCGUCUAUUGUCAUUUCUGGCACGGGUGUGGUCCAUGGCGUAUAUGAUUUGUAUUUGAAAAUCAGCGACGAAGAGCUUCUGAGUGGCUUUGAUGUGUUACAGAUAGCCUCCAGCUUGGUGAUUUUCACCCAUUCCAUUAACAAUUUACGUAUUGCUUCCAAGGCCACCAAUGGCUCCUCAUUGAGACGAGCACUACAAAAUCAAACCAGGAAAGUCAUCAAUAAAAUUACCCAAGAGUCGGUCAAGCUGCAUGGCGGUGACUCCUCGAGUUCAGCCAAGAAAUUUGACAUUAUACGCACUCUGAAUGAUAUACCCUACAAGGAGGCAUUACUCAGUUUGCAUGAAAUUAAUUCCCAUCUAACACAAGGUGCUUCGAUAGUUGGAGCUAUUGGAUCCACCAUCCUACCCAGUUUGGUUACUGUGGGUGGCGGUGGCAAAACCAUUUUGAAUCUUGAAUCUUUGGCCCUUCAAUUUGGUGGCAAAUUUGUGCAGCAUAUCAGCAAUUUGGGUAGUUUUAUGGAUGUCUUUGAUGCCCUGGCCAAGUAUUUCAGUGACCAAGUGGUCCAGUUGAUGAUGCAAAUGACUCGCAGCUUUGUGGAGCAGAAUGUCGACACCAUUGAUCGCACAUUGAAUACCUUUGUGUCCACCGAAACUGUUCUCUAUCGCAUGCUAAUGCAUUGCGUGAAUACAUAUGAUGAUUUUGGUUUUGAAUUCCUUGAGAGACGCCGUGAUGAAAUUCUUCAAAAGAUUGGCAAAUAUUUUAAAUCCUUGGAAGCGGUCAAUGUCCCAGAUUGUCGUAAAUAUCAGUGUAAAGUGUGUAAAGGUGCCUAUUAUAUAACAAAAUUAUAAUCAGAUUUGUGAUCAAAUAUCAAUAUCUAAGUGAUUCUGAGAUUAUCUUCCAUUUUAAAUGUGAUUAAAUGUAAACUUGUGACAUUAAUCGUUCUGUUUAGAUUAGUUAAUUGGAAAUCGAUGGGAUGAUUUUAUCAAAAUAACGCAUCCAAUAUCUAGAAAUUUUUAUAUCGCAACAAAUAAAAUUUGGCAAUUAAA